ACACCGAUGAAAGCUACAAUGUUGACCUUUGCUGAAAUUGUGUUGAUUUCAACUUUGUUGGUUUCCUUACCUUGUGGAAGCCAAGAGCAACAAAAUCCCAGAGAAAACACAAUACAAAGCAGUGACAAAGGUUUGAAAACAAUGGAAAGUAAAUCUGUUUCCCUGGAAGGAAAAGCAAAUGUAAAUAAAGAGGAUGAGAAUAGAAAUGCCUCCAAUCCCAAGGCAAGUGAUUCCCCUCUUGUAUACCUACCCACAAUCAAUGAAACAAUAAAUGCAACCAGUGACUUGUCAAUAGAUGACUUUUCUGGGGUUCCAAGACCCACACCCACAUUUUCCACAAGCCCUCCCUUGAUUCAUGGCUUUGUUUCUAAGUUGCCUUUGAACUCAUCUCUAACAAAUGAAAGUCUAUUGCAAGUCUCACCACAUCAGAAUUCCACCUUUGCUGUACCAUCAGAAAAUUUCAAUUGGUCUUUGGAUAAUGACACUAUGAAAACUUCUGGCAACAGUUCCACUGCAGUUAGCAUCCUUCCUGCAGCACCAACUACCAAAUCCUUGACCCACUUGACAGCGGAACCAACUGGGUGGCUUAUCACAAACAGUAACAACUUUGCUGGUUUUACCCCCUAUCAAGAAAAUGCAACUCUACAGCCCACCUUAAAAUUCACCAAUAAUUCAAAACUCUUUCCAAAUACAUCAGAUCCCCAAAAAGAGAAUAGAAAUGCAGGAAUAGUAUUUGGUGCCAUAUUAGGGGCUAUUCUGGGCGUUUCAUUGCUUAGUCUUGUUGGCUACUUGUUGUGUGGAAAAAGGAAAACAGAUUCAUUUUCCCAUCAGCGACUUUAUGAGGACAGAAAUGAACCAGUUCUGCGAUUAGACAACACACCAGAACCAUACGAUGGGAGUUUUGGGAAUUCUAGUUACUACAAUCCACCUGUGAAUGAUUCAUCCAUGCCAGAAAGCAGAGAAAAUGCACUUGAUGGCAUUCCUAUGGAUGACAUACCUCCACUUCCUACCACUGUAUAA